AUGUCACCUGGCCUUCUCUGCAGUGACCCUGCACAGCGAAGAAUGCUGGGGAAUAGCAAACACUACUAUCCCGGGGAGGACGACAAGUAUGGGGAGGAUGAGGAAGAGGAAGAGGAGCAGGGACGAGAGAACAGAAAGGGGGAGGGUAGAGAGAAGGAGAAUGGAGGGAUAGAAGGGCUCGAGGAGAUGGAGAUAAAGGGAGGCAGACAAUCACGCGAAGGUAAAUGGGAGGGAGGUAAACCCUCGGCCAUUGUGGUUGGAAGACAGAGAGGAGACCGGACACUGAGGCCAGCCAAUCCAAGAAAUAGAGGCAUCCCCUAUACAUCCAAUCAGGCUCCCCAAAAGCAGCAACACCAUCUCAUCCCAGCCAAUCAGCAGCAACGCGCUCACAUGGAGCGGAGUAUGACCACAGUGGCGCCCAUAGAGGACACUCACCUGACCAUGAUGGUGUUCCGCAUUGGAAUCCCUGACAUCAAACAGACAAGGUGUCUGCAGUUUGACCCUGACUUCACGGUGUGGAGUGCCAAGCAGCAGGUCGUCUGUUCGCUGAGCGAGCCACUGUGGGACAUCUACAACUAUGGCCUCUUCCAGCCCGCCGGAGAGGGACGAGACGCCAUGUUCCUGGAGGAGGAGCGCUGCCUCCGAGACUACCCACAGUCCUUUGAGAAAGGGGUGCCUUACCUGGAGUUUAGGUACAAGACCAGGGUAUACAAACAAACAAACCUGGAUGAAAAACUACUUACUAAACUGCACACCAAGGCGAGUCUGAAAAAGUUCAUGGACUACAUUGUGAGUGGAUCAUUAGAUAAGAUAUCAAAGGUCCUGGACAAAGGUCUCGACCCAAACUACCAUGACCCUGACAAUGGAGAGUCUCCCCUGUCUGUGGCGGUGCAAUCUGGUAUGACAGUGGAGGGGAUCAGGGCGCUCGUUCAAGGUGGGGCCCAUGUCGACUUCAGAACCAGAGAUGGACUGACAGCUGUACACAAGGCUGUCAAGGCACACAAUCAUGUUGCGCUGCUGGCUCUACUGUCCCUGGGAGCGUCUCCUGAUUACAAAGACAGAUGUUGCCUGACCCCGCUGUACCACUCAGUGCUGAUAGGUGGCGACACCUCCUGCUGUGAGACCCUACUCUACUACAGGGCCAGACUGGGAGUGAGAGAUGAAAACGGCUGGGAGGAGUCUCACCAGGCCUGCCAGAAUGGUUUUGCCCAGCACCUGGAGCACCUUCUGUUCUAUGGGGCAGAUACCACUUCUCAGAAUGCCUCAGGGAACACUGCACUUCACAUUUGUGCUCUGUAUAAUAAGGAAAGCUGUGUUCGUGUUCUGCUCUACAGAGGUGCCAAUAAGGAAAUGAAGAACAAGCAUGGACAAACCCCCUUUCAGGUAGCAGUAAUGUCAGGCCAUUUUGAAAUCGGGGAAAUCAUCAAAAACCACAGAGAUGCAGAUGUAGUGCCCUUUCUGGAAUUCCCAAAGUAUGCUCCCAAAAGAGGAGAGAGUGCACGCGCAAUCCCUCUCCUCAUGGCUCACCCUCACCCCCACCCCCUUCUGCGUGCUAACAGUGAUAACAGCAUGACCCUGCCUGAUACCAUGGCCCUGCCCAACAAGUCUGCUAGAUCCAAUCCCAUCCCUGGACAGGGUCGCAGGGCCUCUGUAGGUGUGAGGAGCUCCAGCAGUCCCAGGGCUCGUACCCGCUCCCCAUCACGAGGAAGAGGAGGAGGAGGAGGACAGAGUGACACAGAGGAGAGGCAUCACAGCAAACCACAGCGCGGCAGACAAGGUGCGACCUCAACAACGGGUGGUGGUGCAGGGUCAGCUGGGGGUCAGAUGAGGCGUAUGUACAGUGCGGUUCCAGGGCGAGUGUACGUGGCCACGAGGGCCUACACUGCCCACGGAGACAAAGAGCUUAGCAUCAGCAAAGGAGACAAAGUCAAAGUGUUGAGUGUGGGAGAGGGGGGGUUUUGGGAGGGCACAGUGAAGGGUCGUACAGGCUGGUUCCCCUCAGACUAUGUGGAGGAGGUGGGUCCUCCCAUUAAGGACAAUCGAUCAGAGACGCGCAGUGAGAAAGCCAAGAGGAAGCUGUUUCGUAAUGUUACCGUGGGAGCAUAUGAUGGUGUGGAUGGCCCCAGUGACUACAUCAUUAAGGAGAAGACAGUGCUCCUGCAGAAGAAAGACAAUGAGGGCUUUGGCUUUGUGCUUCGGGGAGCCAAAGCCCAGACUCCUAUAGAGGAGUUCACUCCGACCCCAGCAUUCCCCGCGCUGCAGUACCUGGAGUCUGUGGAUGAGGGGGGUGUGGCCUGGAGGGCUGGUUUAAGGAUGGGGGACUUCCUUAUUGAGGUUAAUGGUCAGAAUGUAGUGAAGGUGGGCCACAGGCAGGUGGUCAACAUGAUCAGACAAGGUGGCAACGCGCUGAUGGUCAAGGUUGUCAUGGUGGCCCGCAACCCGGAGAUGGAGGAGACCAACCUCAGGAAGAAAGUCCCCCAGCAGGCUAAGAGGCUGACUCCUCCUGCCAUUGCCCUGCGCUCUAAAUCAAUGACAUCAGAGCUGGAAGACAUGGUGGAGAAAGCUGCCUCUCCAUGGAAAAAGAAAGCAGAGUACGAGUCCUCCCAGGUGCCUGAUAAGAAGAGGACAGUCUAUCAAAUGGCACUGAAUAAACUGGAUGAGAUCCUGGCGGCGGCUCAGCACACAAUCACAUCAGACGGACAGGGACAGCGGGGUCAAGGAGGGAAGAGAGACCGAACCAAGAGCAUCGCCCCCAAUGAGCCAAGUCAUGACCAGUUGGUUGGUGUGAUGCCGCCUGGGUUUGGUUACAACCAGGGUCAAUAUCCCCCCGGCCAGCCUCAUGGAGUAAUGCUGCGACAGAAAUCUAUUGGUGUGAUGGAGGAGGAGAGGCAGUACCUCCACAACCCGGCCAUGAAACUGGCCCGUAGUCUGUCAGAGGACAUCCCCCCUCCCCCAAACACAUCCGCCCCGGAACCCCCCUUAUCUGCUGACCCCCAUACUGUUUGGAGGGGGGAGCAGUCUGCCCCCCAACCUCCAUCCUCCCAGGCCCAGGCCCAGGCCCUCCUCACCCAGCAGCAGGCAGUCCACGCCACCCAGGCAGGCUGGGACAGGGGAGGCCCUGGCGGGGCCAAUCAACAGCACGGCAUGGCCCCGACCCUCCGGAGAGGAGGAGGACAAUACACAGAGCCCCCAGAGGGGACGAAGAGAGGAGGGGGCAAAAUGGGGGUGUUGAGGAGGGGCUACAGUAGUGCUACUCCACCCACGAGUGCAGCUCCCAAAACUCAACAGCAACCCCAGCUGCAGCAACCCCAGCAGCAGCAGCCCCAGCAGCAAGUGGCGACCCGGGAGAGGGGCGGAGGGGCAGGCAGGGGUGGGGGAGGCAGGAAGGGCGGGAGGGGCCCUCUAGUAAAGCAGACCACAGUGGAAGGUGGGCUCAGCAGGCACCACCGAGGGGGGCAAGGCCAGGGGGGUAAGCGCUCAGGAGCCAAAGAGAAGAGCUCCAUCCCCAUCCCAACCAUCAUCGUCAAGGCCCCCUCCACCAGCAGCGGCAGUGGCCGCAGCAGCCAGGGCAGCAGCGUAGAUGCCGAGCAUCCGCCUCCCGACAUAGGUGACCCUACCUCCGCAUCCGCCUCCCCCGACACCCCCACCACUCCCGGCCUGCCUUCCCCUGUGUCCCCCUUACCACCCCAGCCCCCUGUCUCUUCCACCAUGCCCCCUUCGACUGUCGCCCCCCAGCUGCCCCCUAACCUGGAGAAUCUGGACUUCACCAACCAGUUCAGGGGGGCCUUCGUGGGGGCAGCGCGCCGGGACCGGGAACGUUUCCGUGACAUGAGGAGGAAGAGUGCUUCCUUCUUUCUCUCCUCCGAAGAGGACAUCCAAGGGGAGGCGGGGGGAGGUGGAGGGGUAUGGACCCAGCCCCUACAGGGGAUGGGGAUGGAUGUCCCCACCCCCCGCCUCCGCCCCUCCAAGUCCAUCGAUGAGGGCAUGUUCUCUGGGGACAAUUACGUCCACUACGCCAGCAGCAUGCCCCCUGCCUUCGGGCUGCCUGAGUACCACUCCCCUGUGAUGGGCCAGGACGGCCAGCCCAAGUCCGCUCCCUCCAACUACGGCCCAGGCUCUCCAGCCACCACCUUCAUCCACCCUCUGACUGGGAAGGUCCUUGACCCCUCGUCCCCUCUGGGCCUGGCGCUGGCUGCACGGGAAAGGGCCCUCAAGGACGACCGGAGGACCCGGCGGGAGGAGCGGCACUUUGGCCGGCAGAUGUCCAGCGUGGGGGCAUUUCCUACCUCUCUCCCAUCCCCCACGCCGUCCCUGUUCCCCGCCACUACCUCCCCCGCCUCCCUGAGCCGCCCGCUGUCACCCAGGAUAUUACGCUUGGGAGGUGAAGGGGGAGGGGAGAGAGUGGAGAGGGACCAGGCGGCCGGAACCAGAGAGGGCCUCAGAGUUCGCUUUUCAGAGGACAGAACCAACCAGUACCAGACCCAGUAUUAUCAACAGAGUCCUAGAGACAGGGAGCCACCUGGCCCGCCCAUGCAGCCGCCCGGCCCGCCGCCUCAGCCUGCACCCCGCAGACCCUCGUUCCUACAGAUGGAGAGCAGUGCAAACUCUAGCUACAUCCCCCAAUACCGCCUACCCGCAGCCCCAGCCCACCCACAUGAAGAUGAGGGAGAGGGAGGAGGAGGAGUGGGACUGGGGCUCAUGGUGCUUCCACCGCCCACCCCCUCCAUAGACAUAGAUGAUGAGUUUGUCUUUGUUGACCCCCUACCCCCUCCCUUGCAGUUUGCCAAUGGCCAAGGCCAGAGAGAACUGCAGAGGGGAUACUCUCAACAGCAUCAACACUCAGCUCAACACGCCCCUCUCGCCUUGCCACCCCCGCCACCCCCCGCCCCCCCUCCCUCCCCUAAAGUACCUCCACCAGGAGGCUUCGCCUCCAACGCCCCUCCCUUCCCCCAAACUGGGGACUCUGCUGCCUCCAGCCUCACGUCCUACGACAGCGAGGUGGCCAACCUCACCCAGUCAGCUCUGUCUCCCUCCCUCACCUCGCCCCAAAUAUUCCCCCGUUCCUCCGCCGCCACAGUCGCCUCCGUUUUACCCGCCCCCUCACUCCACAGACCCCAGCCCAGUGCACACCCCUUCUCCAGUGGCCCCAGCGUACCGGUUAACCCCGCUAAUACGGGGGCCCCUGUUCCCCCGGUGACCUUAGCACAGGACCGAGGCGCGGCCACCCUCACUACGACUGUGACCUACGCCACCACGAUGACCGUGACCGCCGCCGCCACCAGUACCACCGCCUCUGCUCCGUCUUCAGGCUACAAUGUAGCUGGGACCGCCCCCAGAACCACCGUCAGUGUUGUUGACAAGGCAGGCGACCACCAACCCUCCAGGAUGAAGACUGGAGACUGGCAGACAGAGACGGUGGUGGACUCUGGGAUUGAGGAGCUGGACAGUAGCAGCGACCACCAUCUGGAAACACUGGGAGUGAGCAGACUGAAGGGAGAGAGAGGAGGAGGAGGAGGAGCGGAAGGGGAGAGAGUGGGCGGCGAGCACCCGGAUCCUUACUUGACUUACUCAGGUGGGCAGACGUUUGAAGUGCACCAUGCCAAACACACGGCCAACCCCCCUGUGUAUCCAAAGACGAUGCAGUACAAAGAGGGGGGCAUCAAGGACACAAGGGAAGCGUUGCGUCGACAGGCAAGCACCAAUCCGCCCUGCCAGAGCGUCCCACAACACCCCCAGAGACAGGCCAACCCAGAGGAGGAGGCCAGGAGAGGAGAGGGAGGAGCAGCGGACGAGAGGAAACAACGCAGACAGAGUCGACCCAAGAUGGACGACAGCUUCGGUUCCACCUUGGCCGCCUGUCUUGAGCGGCCCAACACCCUGGAGCCAAGACCCUUGUCCUGGGGCGAGGGGGUCGACCCGGGGCAGGGCCUGGAGCGAGGCGGGGGUGGGAUGUCUGUGGAGGGGCGCAGGCUGCACUCACCCCUAUCGGGAGUAAAGGCCAGCAUCAUCAACGAGCUGAGCUCCAAACUGCAACAGAUGAGCAAUAAGAGCACGGAGGACUGGAGUCAGUCUGAGAUGCGAGGUCCGAGUCCCAUUAAUCCGAGGUCGCCCACAAUGCAAAGAUAUUCAGGGGAUUUCUCUGCCUCGUUUCAGAGCCCCCCCACAGGUCACUCCACUUCCCCCUUACCCACCUCCUCCCCGCAGCAUCGCCCGUCAAUCUUCACCCCCAAUCUCACUGCCACCCCGUCUGGCUCGCCAUCCCACCAGCCCUCACUCCAGCCUAACUGGAUCCACUCCCCCUCUCCCCAGAUGCCCAUCCCCUCUCACUCCUCCCACCCUCCUCUCUCCCCCACUUUCCCCUCUCAAUCCCACCCUCCUCUCUCCCCCACGUACUCACCCUAUCCCACAUCCCCCAAACAUCGCACUAAGUACCGUGGAGCCAAGAUUUUUGACUUCCAGUGCACCCCUGGUCCAGAGCUGAGGUCAUCUAUGUCCCGCCGGCGUGCCCCCAGCCCCCUCAUCUACUCCACAAACUGCCCCAGCCCCACCCCUCCCAGACCCUCCUCCCUCCCCAUCCUCCCCAGCACCCCUGUCUACAACACCCCCUUUGAGUUCCCCGUUCCCCUAACGCUCUCAUCCCCAGGUCACACCCUAGGAGACCCCUACAACCCCUCCACCUCUCCUCUCUUUCCCACAUCCCCACAACCUCCCAGCACCCUCUUGGUCUCCCGCUCCCUCUCCCCCACCCAGUUACUCUCCGGCGCAUCCUCACCCUCCAUGCACCUGCCCCCCUCUCCAUCCUGCCUCAACUACCCCCACCUCGCCCCUCCUCCCCCAGCCAAGCCCUUCGCCAUCAAGCCGCUGUCCUACUGGACCAAGUGGGACGUGGCCGACUGGCUUUCCUACUUGAACCUGGGGGAGCACAGGGAACGUUUCCUGGAUAACGAGAUCGACGGCUCCCACUUGCCUUCCCUCACCAAGGACGACUUCCUGGACCUGGGGGUGACGCGCGUCGGCCACCGCAUGAACAUCGAGAGAGCGCUGAAGAAACUGACUGACAGGCUGUUCUCUCCCAUGCAUGACCCUAGCCCCUCCCCUGAGCCACAGGCAGAGAGUGAAAGAUGAGGUGACUCAGGGCUCAGAGAAAGACAGAGAAACACACAGACCGAGAUGAGUUCUAUAGAAGACCAUUGGACACAGACUGUGAGCUGGACAAAUGGCGUAAAGGAUCACGACGGAAAAGGCUUAAACACACCAGGAGAGAUUUGUUAUGAGUGGAGGACAAUUGUCUAUUUACACCCACUGUACAACUACUGAUAAAUAGGCUUUUAAUGAACACAUGGACUCAGACAGACACACACACACACACAGACACACAGACAUUUGACUGGUGAUUCUCACACUCCAUCUGCUGCCUGGCGGUUACAGUACUGGGAGAAAUGCUAACAAGAAUCUUGAGAUUGUAAUGCUGCUACCCAUACAGAGAUGGUAAGCCCAUGGAUAUACUAAAGGUGGUGGUUGGGUACGUCUAAUAAACAAUACAGGCCCUAUUCUUAUCCUGAAAUUCAUGCGCAAACUCUGACGCGCAUUAGAGCAUGGGAUUGGAAGCUGUUGUUGGAAUGUCUAAAAGUCCGAAUAUGGUCCUAAAAUGGAAAAGUACAUGACAUUUUAAGUUAAACAGUUAAAAAAAAAUAAAAAAAUAAAAAGUAAAAUAGUGGACUUUUUAUACUGAGGUCAGUUUAUGCCCUAAUUCCCUAGUGAUUUCCCAACAAGCUUUCGACUUAUUUUACUAACUCUGAGUAACAAUAUAGCUUACAUGUAAAAAUGGAUUCACAGAUCCAAAUCAUGAAUUUGUUUCGUACCAAGUGCUGAUUGCAAUCAUUCAUUUAAAACGGGUCAGAGUAUUAUUGAUAGUUAAUCAUCCAGAUCUGUGUGUAACGACGAUUACUCAAAAAAUAUUCAAAACACAUAGUCGUAAUAUGUCAUUUUUACUAUGAUAGUUAUUAUCUUUAAAAAGGCCAUCCGGAGUAUGUAGGAGAGGUACAGAGGAGAUUCAAAUGUUGGUUUGUUUUUUCCUGAGACAUGACUGUACUGGAGUCCACAGCCAUGACUCAGGGUUUGCUUAUGAACUCAUGUCAUUUUACACUACAAAAGCUGUUUGUCAUUCAUUCAUGAUGACGAUGUUUACGACUGUACCAGGGAUGUGAGCGUCUUUUGUCCCAUGUCGACUUUCACACACACACACACACACCGGUGCAGCGAUCAAAACAAAACAAAAGGGCUUUUACUGUGCGUCUGUCAGUCUAUACGGUAUGUCUGGUUCCCUAAGGCCUUCUCCCUCUGUGAGUGUGUGUCUGUUUGUGUCGAUCUGUUUGUCAGCCUGCCUGGUUACUCAUGAUCCUUUCCCCACCCUCUGUCCCUCUCUCAUAUGCCUUCUCCACAACUCAACGCCAGUUUUCGAACGGUUCCCGAAAAUGUAGAGAUGUAUAUUUUGCACCAGUUGACAAUCCUAACUUUGCCCUAUUUCAUCAACUCCUCUCCAGGAUCUCAAGAGAAACCUUUUUCAGAUCCACACAUUUCAGAAGAACACGUUCAGACACACACAGAGACACACACACAGAGACACACACACAGAGACACACACACAGAGAUACACACACAGAGAUACACACACACACACUUUUAGGUUCCUUUUUUGCUAUUGCCUUCAGUGAAAUGCACUGUAAGAUGAGGAAUACACUCAAACUCUGUACACAUCCUUUAUAGGCCUAUAUGAUAUAGUGAUAAUGACGAGUAUGAUAACGACGACAACAAAAACAUAAAUUAUAGUAUAAUUUUAAAACAAUUAUUAUAUUAAUCAUUAGGUAUAUGUAAAAAAUAUAUAUAUAUAUAAUUUAAAAAAAAUAACACUACAGAAUCUCUGUCUUCCAAAUAGUGUGAGAAAUGAUUUGAAGCUACUUGUUUUGUUUUCUCUUUAUUUAUUGUUUCCGGUAAAUGCUUUCUAUACUGCUCGACUUGUUCUACCAUUACCCACUUCAUCCUCCCUGUGAAACUCCUACACAUCAACACACACCCUUCACUUCUUUAGGGCUGUUGCCUUUCGACAACCUUCCGAGGGAAAUGAUUGAGCGUCAGUGUAGGAAGCAUUAGGUCCUAUGUUUUAAAGAGUAUUUUAGGACUAGUAAUAUAAACAUAUGAUGACUAUUUACAGUAUGAGCAAAUGUAUGCAGCGAUAAGAGGUAUUUAUGAAGUUAUGUUCAAAAUGAAAUGCAGAAAUGUACUGAUAUGAUAGAGUUAUAACUAAGGUGUUGAAAUAAAUGCUGAAUAAACUAUUGA